AUGUCGGUCGCCGUGCAGACUCUCGUUCAGCCUGAUAUCCAAUACCAUCCGGACUACGAAAAGUAUACGGCACGGGCGGCGCACAGAAAGGCCACCGAGCAGCUGUCCAAGACCCUACCGGAUGGAUUUCCCCAGAAAUUAGAGUCGCCCUUGGUGUGGGAGGGAAAGGACGUCGAGAAGCGGGAUGACUGGAUCUACAAGUUGAAUGAUGCGCAGAGGGAGGAAAUUGACGCUGCACUGAAGAGCUUCCAGGCCCAGAAUUUGAGCCUGGGCAAUAUUAACCAGGACACCUUCCCUUUGCCCAACCUUCGUCCAACCCUGCGAUCGCUCUCGAAUGAAAUCCAUAAUGGCCGCGGAUUCUUCGUCCUCCGCGGACUCGAUAUCGAUCGCUACACUCGGGAGGAGAAUAUCAUCAUCUAUGCAGGUGUAUCAUCGCACAUCGGCAAUAUCCGCGGCCGCCAGGAGGACAGACGGUUUACGUCGAAUGGUGGCUCGGUGGUCCUGUCGCAUAUCAAGGAUUUGACGCGCACGAGUGAAGCGAAUUCGAUCGGCGCCCCGUCCAACACGGCAGAUAAACAAGUGUUCCACACGGAUUCGGGCGACAUCAUUUCCCUCCUUUGUCUCCAUCCCGCCGCCGAGGGAGGUGAAAGCCAGAUUUCCAGCAGUUGGUUGGUGUAUAACAUCCUGGCCAAGGAGAGGCCGGAUUUGAUCCGUACGUUGUCGGAGCCAUGGCCGCUCGAUGGAUUCAAUGACCCCGUAAAGCCCUAUACUACUCGUCCCCUUCUCUACCACCAAAAUGCAACCGAUACCACCCCCGAACGCGUUCUGAUCCAAUACGCCCGUCGUUAUUUCACCGGAUUCCUCGCCCAGCCGCGGUCGACCGACAUUCCCCCGAUUUCUGAGGCACAGGCCGAGGCGCUGGACGCGCUUCAUUUCCUAGCCGAGGAGCACAGCGCCGCACUGGAUUUCCAAAAGGGCGACGUCCAGUACAUUAACAACCUCAGUAUUUUCCAUGCGCGGAAGGGAUUCCGGGAUGAGCCUGACAAUGAACGCCAUCUUUUGCGACUUUGGCUGCGCGAUCCCGAGAAUGCGUGGGCGACGCCGGAGCCUCUGCGUGAACGCUGGGAGAACGUAUAUGGGGACGUGAAGGUGGAGGAACAGAUUUUCCCCUUGGAGCCGAAAUUGCGAAAGACCGUGGGGAGUCCUCGUUCAAGCUCCGGCGAAACCGUCUGUUCUACAGAUGUCGAUGUCGAAUGCAAAGAUGCCCUUCCGACACAGGAAAUCGAAUAUCUUUAUCUCGAGCUCGAAACGCCGCUGCCGACGCCGCGGAUCACAUUGCCGCCCGGCCCCAACCAGUCCCCCGCGCCAGAAUGUCCCGACAUGAAGCAAUACAUUUCCCCGUUCCUCUGGCCCAAAUGGCGAAAAUCGAUGAUGACAUGGAUUUCUUGCGGUGUCACGGCCUUGGCCGGUUAUUCAGCGGGGGAAGGUAAUCCGGCCUCGACGGAGCUCACAGCGGAAUGGGGGAUCAGUGGUGUGGUAUACAACCUGAGUAUCACCAUCUUUUGUAUAGGGUUUGCCUUGGCGCCUAUGGUUUUGGCUCCGUUUUCGGAGCUCAAUGGGAGACGGCCAAUCUUUGUUGUUAGUGGUGUCGUUUUCACAGCGUGUAUUAUCGCUUGUGGUGGAACACAUUUAUUUGCUGGACUGCUUGUAGCGAGAUUCUUCCAAGGUGUUGGCGCAUCGACAUUCUCAACCAUGGUCGGUGGUGUCAUCAGUGAUAUCUACCAUGCGGAUGAUCGCAACACUCCCAUGGCUCUCUUCUCGGGCGCUGCCCUAUUCGGUACCGGCCUCGCGCCACUCUUGUCGAGCGUGAUUGUCUAUCACACCACAUGGCGCUGGAUCUACUACUCGCAUGCGAUCGUGUCGGCUGUCUUCGUUGUCAUCAUCUUCUUUUUCUUCAAAGAAACCCGUGGCAGCGUCAUUCUUAGUCGCAAAGCACACGCACUGAACAAAUACUAUGAAGCGCUUGAAGAUGCAGGCCAUUUCGGUGUAAUCAUGCCGGACGAGUCUGGAGAGAAACAGUGCACAAGACGGAUUCGUUGGAAGGUCAAGAGCGACGAGCAACGGGCCUCCCUCGGACAAAUGAUCAGCAUCUCCCUCUAUCGGCCUUUUCAUAUGCUUUUCACCGAGCCGGUCGUUUUCUUCUUCUCCCUUUGGGCAGCCUUCAGCUGGGCUGUGCUGUAUCUCCAGUUCGGCUCCGUCCCGUUAAUUUUCCAGACGAACCAUGGUUUCAACGUUGAGCAAUCGGGAGCCGUGUUCACAUCGAUGUGCGUCGCCGUGAUCAUUGCUACCCUCAUCAGCAUCUACCAGGAACGAGUCGUCAGCCGAUUCGUGAAGCUUCCCAACACCCCAGAGAAACGUCUCUACUUUGCCUGUGUGCAGGCAGUGCUCAUGCCCGCAGGCCUGUUCUGGUUCGGAUGGUCCUCCUAUCCGUCUGUGCAUUGGAUCGCUCCGGCUAUGGCGGUCGGGUGUGCUACCAUGGGCAUUUUGUCGAUUUAUUUGGCGGUCUUUAACUAUCUGGCUGAUACAUAUCAUCGGUUUGCCAGCUCAGCGAUUGCCGCGCAGUCUUGCUGCCGGAAUCUCUUGGGCGGUGUUUUUCCUCUUGUGACUCAUGCUUUAUUCACAAACCUGGGUUACCCCGCUGCUUCUAGCUUGCUGGGUGGAAUUGGAGCCGCCCUGACACUUGUACCAUGGGUCCUGUCCUUCUAUGGGCCCAAGAUCCGAGCGAAGAGCAAGCUUGCCAGCGAACUUGCGCAUUGA